AUGCCGUGCCUGCAUCGAAGCAGUUGGAUUCAGAAGUGGCUUCUGGUCUUCGUGCUGCUGUUGGCGGAGAAGCUGGUGCUCGUGGAUGCCCUUGUAAGCAACGGCACGUCGAUGACCUUCGAAUCUGAAGCAGUUGCUUGGGAUGACCAUGACCCGCUUGCGCCCCCGGACUUCGUGUGGGGAGUAUCGACUUCAUCGUUUCAAAUCGAAGGAUCUUUUGAUGCUGAUGGCCGAACUCCUUCGAUUUGGGACGGGUUCCCCACCAGAAGUGGCGACAACGCCUCAGUGGCCUGCGACUCCUAUCGUCACUGGCCUCGAGACCACGAGUUUCUGUCCGAUCUCGGGGUGAACGCCUAUCGGUUCUCCUUGUCCUGGUCUCGUCUGCUACCGGAGCCCAACAUGUCUCAGCCGAAUCCUCUGGCCGUCCAGGCAUAUCGAGCUCAGCUCCUAUCUCUGAAGAAGAGAAACAUCCAGCCCUGGCUGGUUCUCUAUCAUUGGGAUCUUCCCGUCUAUCUCCAGCAACAAGGAGGCUGGCUGAAUCGGGACACGAUCAAGGCUUUUCGAGACCUGGCACUGGUUUGCUUCCGAGCAUUCGGCGAUCUCGUCCACACGUGGAUCACCAUGAACGAGCCCUUGACCAUGAGCGUGUUUGGGUUCGGGAAGGAUGGAAUCAGUGCUCCAGGACGCUGCACGGGAUGUGAGAAUGGAGGCGACUCGGCCACCGAGCCUUAUCUCGUGUCCCAUCACUUAAUCCUGGCCCACUCCCUCGCAGCUGAGCUCCUUGCCUCCCUUAACGCCUCUCGCGUGGGUAUUGUGCUCAAUCUCGAGUGUGGAUAUCCUUUCAACGCCUCGGAUCCAAGCGACGUCGAAGCUGCUCAGCGACAUCACGAGUUCGAGCUUGGCUGGUUUGCGGAUCCUAUCUUUGGAGGUCGAGGUGAAUAUCCUUCUUCAAUGGUUCAGCGUGUCGGCCAGCGGUUGCCUCGCUUCUCCCCAGAAGAGCGUCUUCGUCUCCAGCUUUACCGUCCUGCUUUCUUCGCUGUCAACCACUAUUCUUCGAUGUUCGUUCAGAAUGUUCGCCAUCUCAAGUCACGCCCAAGCACAAGCUUCGAAGACGACAAAGGCGCGAAGCUUGGAUUUAGAGAUGCCCAAGGACAGCUGAUUGGGAAGCCCUGCGAUGUCGACUGGAUUCACAUCGUGCCUCAGGGAUUGGCCCGCCUUCUCCGGUGGAUCGAUGCUCGAUAUGACCAUCCCCCCAUCUACGUGACGGAGAGUGGAACUGCCGACAGCUCCGUGUUCGACGACGCCCUGCGUCAGGAGUACCUCUCGAAGUACAUCCCCUCCAUGCUCCGGACCAUUUCCCAGGGCAUUGAUGUUCGAGGCUACUUCGUCUGGAGCCUCAUGGACAACUUUGAGUGGGCUGAUGGGUUCCGGACGCGCUUUGGGCUCUACUUCUCCAACUUCAGCAGCCCCAAGAUUGAGAUAAAGCCUCGACGCAGCGCGGGCUUGUUCUCUUCCAUCAUCCGUCGCACCCGUCGCGGUUUGGGAGACAGGUGGCUUCUCCAAUGA